CGAAAUCCCCAAAUCCCCCACCCCACCCCUCCUCUUCGCCUCGCCGCCGCCGCCGCCGCCGCUCCUCCCCCUCCAUCCCACGGCCAGAUCCGCCCCCUCCGGCGAGCUCCACGGCCCCCGUCUGCCGCCGCCGCCGCCGUCGCGCCCCCACCCCUCACGUGCACAGCAGUUAACUAGUUCGUGGGAUUGGAGGAUUUCAGAUGUCGCAAUCCAAGGAAGUGAGGUACACUGCACGUUCUAUUACGCCUCCUGCAGAUAGAAAUGGCACUUCAAAGUCAAAGUCACCCACUCCAGUGAGACGCAGUACCUCUAGGUCACCUCCUCCAAAGAAGAGUGAUUCAAGGUCUCCACCUCCAAGGAGGCGCAGUACUUCAAGAUCUCCUCGCCCUAGAAGACAUGGCAGAUCAAGGUCAAGGUCAAGGGAUAGGAGUCGCUCCAGGAGCCGAGACGAUGAUUUAAGAAACCCAGGGAAUAACCUUUAUGUGACUGGAUUAUCCACUCGCGUAACUGAAGAAGACCUUGAGAAGUUCUUUAGUAAGGAGGGAAAGGUUCAAAGCUGUCAUGUUGUUCUUGAUCCUCGUACGAAAGAAUCUCGUGGGUUUGCCUUUGUAACUAUGGAUUCCGUUGAUGAUGCAAGACGUUGCAUAAAGUACCUGCAUCGCACUGUACUUGAAGGUCGCCUGGUCACUGUAGAAAAAGCUAAAAGAACUCGGGAGAGAACUCCUACACCUGGAAAAUAUUGUGGCCGCAGAGGCUCUCAAAGAAGUUCCAGGAGCCCAUCACCUUACCGGUCUCGCAGAAGGGAGCGAUCUCGCUCAAGAGAUCGUCAGAGGGACCGCUCACGCUCCAGGGAUCGCCGCAGGGACCGCUCUCGCUCGAGGGAUCGCCGCAGGGACCGCUCUCGCUCGAGGGAUCGCCGCAGGGACCGCUCGCGCUCAAGGGAUCGUCGGGGCAGCUCUCCACAUGACAGAGAUUCUCACAGGAGGCGUGGAGACAGGUCCAGGUCACCGGCUACCAACGGGAACCACAAAAAGGACUAGCAAGUUUUCCCUUCGGGUGUUUGUAGGACUGGAUUUCUGUUUCCGGGAUAUUAUUGAGUACCGGUGUGAACUUAAUGGUUCAGUAUCAGACAGCGUGGUAUGGAGUCUCCUAGCAGCUUGGCUGAAAUUUGGUUAAGCGCGUUAUCCGCUUACUUUCUGAUGAGAAGAUAUUAUAUAUUGUUAUAACUUAUAUGAUAUUUCAGUGUGUUCUGGGACAAACCGCGAACGAUUGAACUUUGUGGAAUUCAUAUGAUUGGUUGCUUAUUCAACUGGAUUGUUUCGUCA